AUGUCGAACUAUUUGCCGCUGCUCGUGACGAUGGGCUUCUUGAUGGCUGACGGGCUCAUCGAGGUCGGGCUUGUUGGGUCCAUGGUCGGGUUCUUGCACGACCGGGCGGGGAGGUUCUUCACCAUCGACGCGCCCAACGGCACUUUCAACCUGCACGGCAAGCCCAAGGGCCUUCUCGUCAAUCAAGGACACACCAGCAACGGCGCUGGAGGGACCGCGGUGGUGCUGGUCGGCUUUUUGGGGUUGCUCACCAUUUGGUAUGAGAAACGACGAGUCAGAAGGACUCAAGCCACGAACCACUCGGGCAUCUUCGUCUUCUGGGUCGUGAUGACGGUGCUGUCGGCGCUGCUCACGCUGUCAGCCCUGAUCUACACGUUUGUGGUGACGGCACAGACGGACAACCAGUCCAUCAAUCUCGCGGUUGCGGCGGCGAACCCGGAGCCCAAGAUGUACCCGCUCGACAACUGGACGCCGGAGAACUGGUUCGUCGCGGUCCUGGCGCUGCCGCUCGCACACGCCAGCGACCGGCACGACAUCCGCAAUAACCUCCGCCUGAUGCGCGGCUGGCGCUGGAACCUCAUCCCACUGUUCAUCCUGGGCGUUGCCGUGGCCUCGCUGGCGGUGUGGGAGCUAGUCAGCGGCCGGCGGUGGCGCCACGGCGAUUCCAAGGAGAAGCUCCGAAACUCGACGCAGAGCUAG